CGACCCAGGAAACAACGACCUGAACACCGCCCCCACCCACCGACACCCAACCCAACCCAACGAACUUGCCACGAAACCUCAACACAGGUCGCGAGAAAUCUCAUUCCUGCUGCAGGCGUCAGCAGAUCUCGCGGGCCUAGUGCCCAUACCACACCCACAUCAUGCGCACCUCAUCCAUUUGGCGCUGGUUCGCGCUGCCUCUGCUGGUAUCGGCAGGAGCUACUCCGCACUCUGAAGGCCGGAUAGAACAUGAAGCGGCACAACUCGCAACUCCAGGCAAGCGAUUAGUGAAGCGGGCAGAUGAUGCCACCAGCGAAGGCACAACAUUCAAUAGCAAGAAGGUGCCUCCUUUCCCCGAACUUCCAGGCGACAAGAUCGACGACAGCAUAAAGGACGGCUACUGGAUGGUCGAAUACUUUAGUCCGUACUGCCACCACUGUAAAGCAUUCGCGCCUACUCUACAGACUUUGUAUGAAUUCUACUAUACUCUGGAUCCUCUACCGCAGACGCCCGGGAGUGGCGAGACGCACGAUGACAUGAACAGCUUCACGCGCUUUUACAACUUCAAAUUCGCGAAAGUGGAUUGUGUUGCGUAUGGCGAUGCUUGCUCUCAGAAAGGGAUUGGAUCAUUCCCGACUGUAAUAUUGUACAAAGAUGGAAAGGAGGUGGAGAAGAAAGUCGGAGCGAAAGACCUAUCGCAAAUGAGCAAGUGGGUGGAGCAGGUCCUGGAGACUGCCAAACCUGGCUCGCGACCUAAAGAUGGCCCGAAUCUGCCCAAGGUUGGAGACAAGAUUGCACCACCACAGCCGGAGAUAGUAGCCCCUGUCGCAAAAGGCAGCGGUGAUAGGGUCGCAGCAGGCUCUGCGAAGUCGACGCUCGAAGCAACAAAGAUUCUCAGCCCAUCUGCGAAGCAGACUCCGAACCCAGCCGGAAAGAGCUUGUCUUUGACCGCUGAGAACUUUCAGCGUCUCGUUACAACAACCCGCGAGCCAUGGUUCAUCAAGUUCUACGCACCUUGGUGUCACCACUGCCAGGCUAUGGCUCCGAGUUGGCAAAGCAUGGCACGACAGAUGCAAGGGAAGCUCAACAUUGGCGAAGUCAACUGUGAGAGCGAAAAGAGGCUGUGCAAGGAUGUCAAGGUCCGAGGAUACCCAACCAUCAUGUUCUUCCGUGGCGGAGAGAAGAUCGAGUACGAUGGACUUCGUGGUCUUGGCGAUCUUAUAGCAUUCGCGAACAAGGCCAUCGACAUGGGUCAGGGCAUUCCGACUGUCGAUGCCGCAGCAUUUGAGGAGAUGGAGAAGAAAGAAGAGGUCAUCUUCGUCUACUUCUAUGAUGAGGCUACCACAAGCGAGGAUUUUGCCGCACUUGAGAGAUUGACCCUUAGCCUGGUCGGCCAUGCCAAACUUGUAAAGACCGACGACCCAGAUCUUUGCGAAAGAUACAAGAUCCGUUCUUGGCCUCGUCUGCUCGUCAGCAGAGAUGGUAAGGCAACGUAUUACGAUGCUUUAGCACCUCAGCAGAUUCGUGAUUACAGGCGAGUGCUUAACUGGAUGAAGUCAGUUUGGCUGCCUAUUGUGCCGGAGCUUACCGCUUCUAACGCCAGAGAGAUCAUGGAUGGCAAGCUUGUGGUACUUGGCAUUCUCUCUCGAGAUCGACCCGAGGAGUUCACUAUCGCCAAGCGUGAGAUCAAGAACGCCGCAUUGGAAUGGAUCGACAAGCAAACUCAGGCUUUCCAACUCGAAAGACAAGAGCUCCGUGAUGCCAAACAGCUGCGAAUUGAGGAAGCAGAGGACCGGAACGACCAACGCGCUCUUCGGGCAGCAAAGAGUAUACGAAUCAACAUGGACGACAUCGAGAGGAAAGAAGUUGGAUUCGCAUGGGUUGACGGUGUCUUUUGGGAACGCUGGAUCAAAACCACUUUUGGCAUCAGCGUUGCAGAUGGUGAGAAGGUCGUUGUUAAUGACGAGGCCAACCACCGCUACUGGGACGUGACCAUGACUGGCAAUCCAAUCGUACCCUCUCGAACGUCGAUAUUGGAAACUCUGCCACGAAUCGUCGCCAACCCACCUAAGAUUGCCGCAAAGAGCACGACAAACGCCAUCGGACACAUUUGGUGGGCAGUCAAGGGCCAAAUAUGGGAGCAUCCGCUCGUGUCGGGCGGUAUUUUAAUCGGCAUGCUACUCGGAGGCUUCAUCUGGGGACGAAGACAUUUGCCGAGAGCGGGUGGUUACAUCAGACUUGAUGAAAAGGGCAGUGGCAUGAACGGUCUGCUUGGGGGUAAUUCGGGGCAAGGCGGAAAAGUGGAUUGAUUAGCGAAUACGUAUGUGCAUUGAUGUGGUGAUCGGCGUUCUGCGGCAGGCUGUGACAGCCUUUUUUUUUCUCUCUUGAGAGCUAUGUUUUUGAAAAUGUAGUAAUGUGAUGUG